CUGAAAUGUUUCAUUCCAUAACACGUAACUAUCUAAAUUAUAUAAAUUGUAUACCUAAUAUUAAAGUUAUCAAAUAAUUUUUAUUUUUAGGUGCUUUGACUGAUGUAUAUAAUGGUGAUGGUUUACCAAUAGAACCAAGACAGGACUUGUUUACUACAUUUGAUCAAAUAUCAAAGGACAGCAAUAAUGACCAAUGUAUUAUUAAAGAACAAAAUCAACAAAAUGAUCUGAAUAAAAUCAUGUUUGAAAAUAUUACGACAAUACUAGCAUAUGUUAAGAGAAUCGAUGGGAAACUUAAUGCGAUGGAAUGCAACUCAAAUACAAGUUACUCAAGUAUGAGCGUGGAAACUAACUUCUUAAGUUUUUUUCCAAUGAAAACUGUUGAAUCUCUUGAAGAAAUUGAAAGUAAACUUAUAUUGGACACUGCAUUUGAAGAAAAAUUGAUAAAUUGUGUUACUCAAAUUGGUGGAACUAAUAUUCCUAAUUUUAUAAAACGAGUUUAUUCUAGACUUUUUACAAAUCAAUUAGCAACAUUAUACUCAUGGACCGGGUUUAGAAAUAACAAACAGUUACAACAUCUAAGAAUAACUAAAAUCAUAAAAGAUGUAUGUAUGAAAAACUUCAAGGGAACAGAAGUGGAGUUUGUAACCAAUGUUAAGAAUUGGUUUAAAAAUGGUAGUCAACGCCAAUCGAGGCAAAAACAAUAACUAUUUUAUUUUUUUAA